AAAGACAACGACAACGAGCGGAGAGAGUCCAACGGGCAUACGACGUCCAGGUGCGUGCGGGCCUCGAGGGUACCGCCAUGUUCGCUGCUCUUGGUGCGGGGCUCGCCGUCCUCGGACACAGGACCUGGCCCUCCUUCCGGCGACAGACACUGCCCUUUAAGUGUUUCCUGGUCUCAUGCUUUAGCAUCUUUGGACUCGUCACAUACGCUGAGAGUGCGCUGCAGAGGCUGGAACAGGAAGAACGGCUGCGGGAGGGCGAGAUCCGCAAGCAGGCACGGCUCGAGCUCAGCAGGCAAGGACUUGUGCCGACCGAGACCGCCAUCGCACAGUGGAAGGAAGCUCGCAUGCGAGAGAUGGCGCGAACCGCGACCAGCGAAGAGACUACAUCACAACAAUAAAUUACUGUCAUCUAGCGCUAGAUAGCGAUGCAACAUGUGAGUCCGUUAGACAGCCGGGUAGAGAGAUUACACUCUUCGAACAACAGGGCCUUUAUCGUAAGCUGGGCAUGCAAGUCCGUAAGGUACGAUGAGUCUUUCAUUCUAUCAAGAAGCUAGAUGACCAGAUCAAGCUUUUAACGCCAAGCCUCUUCAUAUCACUGCCAGCCUCCGUUCGCGACAGCAUACCCGUGAUAAGACUGACUAGAAGGCACCUGGGGCGGUAUAGGCAAGGGUCCCGGAUAUGGAGCUUGUGUCGGCGGCGUAUGGGAUGAAGGAUGGAAGCCUGACUGUGCGAGAGCCAUGGUAUGGC